GUGACCUAAAGCGACGCCGUCGCACGAAACCUGUUGGCUUCACAGAAAAAGAAGACUAGGAGCAACCAGCUGGGAGGGGCAGAAAGAUGGCGGGUCAACUGAAAAAUCCUAAAAAACAGUUUCAGCUAAACCCUAACUGGGCUCAGCUCCGUGAACAAUUAAAGAGUAAUGGCUUCAAAAAGCCUUCAGAAGCAUCAGAAACAGAAAUCCCUAAUUCCAUAUUAGGAAAGCGCAAAAGUAGGCCCGGUGAUGAUUCUUGUGAUGCUCGGCCUAAUCCUCUUAUUCCAACUUCAUCAGAUUCAAGUGUUACCGAUGUGAUAGCAAUGGAUUGUGAAAUGGUUGGUGUAAGCUCUAACAAAAGUGCUCUUGGGCGAGUCACACUGGUCAACAAAUGGGGAAAUGUGAUAUAUGACGAAUUUGUCCGUCCAGUUGAACGUGUUGUUGACUUCCGCACCAAAAUAAGUGGGAUUAGACCUCAACACUUAAAAAAAGCGAAAGAUUUUCGCAUCGUUCAGAAGGAGGUGGCUGAACUAAUAAAGGGACGGAUUCUUGUCGGCCAUGCUCUGAGAAAUGAUUUUAAGGCCUUGUUAUUAAACCAUCCAAAGCAGGAUAUUCGUGAUACUUCUGAGUUUCAACAUUUUCUGAGUAGGGAAGGACGCAGUCGCGCGCUUCGGCACCUUGCCACUGAAGUCCUUGGAGUGGAGAUUCAAAACGGAGAGCACUGCCCAAUAGAAGAUGCCCGUGCUGCUAUGAUGCUUUACCUAAAGCGCAGAAAGGAAUGGGAAAAGAGCGUCAAGGACUUUGUAAGGCUCAAGGAGAAACAGAAAAAGCGCAAGCCAAAGAAAAAAACAGGCGUAUUGAGAAGACCUGCAUCUGAAUAAUGCUGAAAAUUCUUCCUAAUGAGAUGAUAACUCAAAUUUAUCUCUUUGCUCGUUACAUGCGUCAAAUUACUGACUGGGGGGAGCGAGAGACCUGACUAAAACAUGGUAGAUGUUGAAGGAUGUGAGGUGCCCCAGGGAAGAAAUAUAAUUGGACCCUCUAUCACUAUUGUGGUCUGCCAAAUUUUGUGCUCACUGGACCUUAUUUUAGUUUAAAGAAUCACAAUAUGGAUCCACCCAAGACUGGUUCUUCUAAUGAAAGAAGGAAAAUUGUCGCUUCUUUCGUGCUUUUUCACCAAAGAACUGCCAGUCUUUUGUGCUAGAUUCAUAUAGCCUAAGCUUCCAUGUUAGCGCUUUGCUUACCUCUUGUAGAAUUGAGCAGUCGUUUCAUAUUUACUAUCUUUUCCUUUUGGAAAAGAACGGGAUUUCAUCAGAACUAAAUAUUGUAAACCAGGGCAAUUAGGAAAGAGUUGCUAGAAUUCUAUUUACAAUGUGGCAUAUUUUGCUUACAGCAUCUUCCAGAGGGGCCUUAGUUUACAGCAUUUUCCAGAGAGGCUUUUGUUUGAUUCUAAUUGUUGUUUUUGCAGAACAGUUUGUAUCAUAUGAAACAAUAUUGGACUAUUGAGUUGCUGUGAUGGUAGUUGAAAAGUGUUGAUAGUCUAGUAAUGACACUGCUGAUCAUUGUAAUAUCUCUUCUUCUUUUCUGUAGCUGAGCAUAUAACUUUCUCGGCCUUUUGGCUAAGAUCAGGUGUAAUAUCUGUUCUUAUCAGAUUUGAUACGGUUCAUCAGCUCACAUGAUAUUAACUCAAUUUUCUGUA